UAGGCCCACCAGUCAGUGAGCCAAACACGGACGGGAAUCUUAUGCCGCAUAGCGGCGCCCGUGGGGCCCACCGCGGCGCCGCCGGCACGACCACCAACCCCUUCCUCCACCAUCCCGCCACCGCCGCCGCUGCAGCCCGCACCCGCUCCACGCUUAUGCGCUCGCACCCCCCUCUCGCCGCCCACCUCCUCCUCCUCUCCUCCUCCACCCGUCGCGCCAUGGCCUCCACCGCCGCCGUCGCGCGGGCAGCUGGUGUGGCUGCGGCGGAGUACGAGGAGGUGCUGGGGCGCCUCUCCUCGCUCAUCACGCAGAAGGUGCGCGCGCACAGCGGCAACCGGGGCAACCAGUGGGGCCUCAUGGCACACUACGUCAAGAUUCUGGACCUGGAGGAGCCGAUCGCGCGGAUGAAGGUGAUUCACGUCGCAGGGACCAAGGGGAAGGGUUCGACAUGCACGUUCACUGAAUCAAUCCUGCGAUCGUGUGGCUUCCACACUGGGCUGUUCACUUCACCACAUUUGAUGGAUGUCAGGGAGCGAUUCCGGCUAGAUGGAGUUGAUAUUUCUGAAGAGAAAUUUUUGAAGUACUUUUGGUGGUGCUGGAAUAAGUUGAAGGAGAAGACUGAUGAUGAUAUUCCCAUGCCAGCCUAUUUCAGGUUCCUGGCGUUGCUUGCAUUCAAGAUAUUUUCUGCUGAGCAGGUAGAUGUUGCUGUUCUCGAGGUUGGCCUUGGAGGGAAGUUUGAUGCAACUAAUGUGGUUGAAGCACCUGUAGUUUGUGGGGUAUCUUCGCUUGGAUACGAUCAUAUGGAAAUUCUUGGGAAUACGCUUGGAGAAAUCGCUGGGGAGAAGGCUGGGAUUUUCAAGAAAGGAGUUCCAGCCUAUACUGCUCCACAACAAGAAGAGUCAAUGGUUGCUCUCAAACAAAGAGCUUCGGAGUUGGGUAUCUCUCUCCAAGUUGCUGAUCCUCUGGAGCCGUAUCACUUAAAAGGUCAACAUCUUGGAUUGAAUGGUGAACACCAAUACAUAAAUGCUGGCCUUGCAGUUGCUUUGGCUAGUACGUGGCUUGAGAAGCAGGGACACAAGGACAGGAUACCACUCAAUCGUACUGAUCCCUUACCAGAUCAUUUUAUUAGAGGACUAUCAAAUGCUUGUUUGCAAGGGAGAGCACAGAUUGUUCCAGAUUCACAAGUGAAUUCAGGAGAGUCCAUAAAUUCUUCUUUGGUUUUCUAUUUGGAUGGGGCUCACAGUCCUGAAAGUAUGGAAAUAUGUGCCAAGUGGUUUUCUCAUGUCACCAAUGACGAUAGAAGAAUACCAUCUUCCGCAGAGCAGUCUCAGAGUUCUAAGUCUCUAAAGAUCCUUCUGUUCAAUUGCAUGUCUGUGAGAGAUCCUAUGAGACUGCUCCCCCAUCUCCUGGACGCCUCAACUCAAAAUGGAGUCUACUUUGAUCUGGCCCUAUUUGUGCCAAACCAAUCGCAAUACAACAAGCUUGGUUCUAACACAUCAGCACCUGCUGAGCCUGAACAAAUCGAUUUGUCAUGGCAGUUGUCACUCCAAACAGUGUGGGAGAAGUUACUUCAGGAUAAAGGAAUAGAUAGUGGAAAUUCCAGUGACACUAGUAAAGUUUUUGCAUCUCUUCUACCCGCGAUCGAGUGGCUAAGGAAGAAUGCCGAAGAAAACCGAUCUACUUCUUUUCAGGUCUUGGUUACUGGCUCCCUGCAUCUCGUCGGUGAUGUCUUGAGGCUUAUUAAUAAGUGAUCUAUUUAGCAAUGAUAUACAGCUUGAAGUUCAAACUGGAAGCAACCAAUGGUGUGUCCCAUGGCUAACAAGAUUAGCGAGGGAAGAAAUUUCAACGGCUUGAUUAUGAUGCUAACCAAGCUGCGAGGUUCUCGACUUUUACAUUCUGUGUUUUCUGGCCACAGUUCGCAACCUACUACACUCAGGAAAUUUUUAUGCCCACUGUUGUAGCUCAGAUGUAAACUCAUGAAAUAAGGUGAUUCUGAUCAGGCCAUCAUUGAACUAGUUUGAGAAAGGUGAUUUGGAAUGGAACUCGGUCUAGCAAUAAUUGUGCUUGGGUCUUUCUCA